GGCUGAGAACAUUUUGGUGCGUGUAGUUGGGUGUAUAUGCAACCCCAGCGUAGGUCUCAGGGAGCAAAAUAUGCAUUUUGUUAAUGGCAACCAUCUUUAUGGAGCUCUGCUGCCCUGACUGUAAUUAACACUCACCAGCCCUCAUACAGCAAGCACCCCGGAUCUACUCACAACUGUAUGUUUGGUGGAUCUAUCAGGUUCUGAAUGGAAAUAAGUCAGAGCAGCAGAUCUGGUUCACUUUAUUCUGGAAGUUCUUUUGUGCAGAAGAAUCGAAGGACAACUUUAGAGCGUGUGGAAAAAUUUAUAUCUGAAAUUUAUUUUACCGACUGCAAUCUAAGGGGAAAAUUGUUUGGCGCUACAUGUCCACUCGAUUCUAUCUCCUAUUUUCUGACAGAACAACGGAUUUCAUAUGAAGAAGCAGUAAAGAGAGAGUUCCAGCCUGCUCAGAUUGGACAGACCUUUGGCCCUACAUGGUGGACCUGUUGGUUCAAAGUGCAUGUAAGCAUUCCUAAAGAAUGGCUGGGAGAGGAAGUCCACUUAAGAUGGGUGUGUGAUGGGGAAGCAAUGGUAUGGAAGGAUGGAGAGCCAGUCCAGGCAUUAACAAAUGAAGGACAGAAGAAUAGCUAUAUUUUAGCUGGUGAAUUUAAAUCCCAUGAUCCACAAAGUAUAACAAUCUACAUUGAAGUGGCUUGCAACGGACUGUUUGGUGCUGGUCAGGGUAGUAUGAUAGCUCCUACUGAUCUUAACAAAACAUUUUGUCUGCAAAAGGCUGAGCUUGCUAUUUUUCGCAGAGAUGUACAAGAAUUGCUGUUAGAUUUUCAAGUGAUAUAUGAUAUGGCUAAGUGUCUUGGAGAAGAUAACCAAAGAGGCUUCCAGGCACUUUAUGUGGCUAAUCAAAUGGUUAACAUGUGUGAUGUAAAUGACCACCAUACAUAUGCUAUUGUCCACAAAAUAUCUUCAGACUUUUUUAGUCAGAGGAAUGGUGUAAGCCAACACAUCAUUCAUGCCAUGGGACACUGCCAUAUCGAUUCAGCCUGGCUCUGGCCUUAUGAAGAAACUAUUAGAAAGUGUGCUCGCAGCUGGAUUUCUGCUGUGCAACUUAUGGCCAAAUAUCCUGACUUCACAUUUACAUGCUCUCAGGCCCAGCAGCUGGAAUGGGUUAAAAACUGGUAUCCUGGGUUAUACAAACAGAUAAAGCAAUAUGUCAAGCUGGGUCAGUUCAUACCUGUUGGUGGCACCUGGGUGGAAAUGGAUGGCAAUCUUCCCAGUGGAGAAUCAAUGGUGCGUCAAUUUCUUCAGGGCCAGCAGUUCUUUCUAAAGGAAUUUGGCAAGAUGUGCACUGAGUUUUGGUUGCCAGACACAUUUGGUUAUUCUGCUCAGCUGCCCCAGCUGAUGAAUGGCUGUGGAAUCCACCGUUUUCUGACUCAGAAGCUUAGCUGGAGCCUAAUCAAUGCUUUUCCUCAUCACACCUUUCACUGGGAGGGCAUUGAUGGCUCCAAAGUCCUGACUCAUUUCCCUCCAGGGGACUCAUAUGGGAUGAUGGGAACAGUAGAAGAGGUGCUUAAAACAGUAAAGAACAACAGAGAUAAAGGCCGUGUCAAUGAUAGCAUUUUCCUGUAUGGAUUUGGAGAUGGAGGAGGUGGUCCAACAGAAAACAUGGUGGGGAGAAUUAAGAGGAUGAAUGACACUGAUGGGUUGCCCAGAGUCCACUUGUCUACACCAGACAGAUACUUUUCAACAGUGGAAACUGAUACAUCUCAGCUCUGCACCUGGGUAGGAGAACUCUUUCUUGAGUUACACAACGGAACCUAUACUACACAAGCACAGAUUAAGAGAAGGAACAGGCAGUGUGAGCAACUUUUACACAAUUUGGAAGCCUUGAGUGCCUUUGCUUUGGCUGAAGAUACCACUUUUAUUUACCCAGCUGCACGGCUGCAACAUCUGUGGAGGUUACUUUUGUUAAACCAGUUUCACGAUGUCCUACCAGGCAGCUGCAUUCAGCAGGUGGUAGAAGAUGCAAUUGGGUACUACAAAGAGAUAAGUACCGAAGGAUUAAAACUUCUCAAAGAAUCUAUUCAUGCACUCUUGAAAACAUGUGUGGUAGAGACUUCAGCAGAUCAUGCACUAACAGUUAUAAACACUUUGCCUUGGGAACGCACAGAAGUGAUUUCAAUCUUAGGAGCAUCAGGGCAGCAGACUUUGGGCCUUGUGAAAGUACCAAGCAUGGGUUAUGUGGUACUGCCUAAAAAUCUGAGCCCUGCUACUCCUGUCACAGUCAUUUUGCAGAAUGAUAACUCUAUAACAAUGGAAAAUGGGAUCCUUCGUGCCAACAUUGAUUCUGCAGGACGGUUGACAUCUCUGAAUUUACUGACCUCUAACAGGGAGUCUGUCGCAACUGGCUGUUUUGGAAACCAGUUUGUGUUGUUUGAUGAUAUUCCCUUGUAUUGGGAUGCCUGGGAUGUGAUGGACUAUCAUCUGGAGACACGGAAGCUUCUAACAAGUGUUAUCAGCAAACUACGGAUUAGCCAAAGUGGAGGACUGCGAGGAGCUGUGGCAUUUACUUUGCAAAUUAGUGAAAACAGCACAAUUGAGCAAGAAAUCAUUCUUGAUGCUUCAUGCCCUUACAUCAGAUUUAAUACUAAGGUCAAAUGGAAUGAGGCUCACAAGUUUCUGAAGGUCGAGUUUCCAGCCCGUGUUCGUAGUUUAAAUGCAACUUAUGAGAUUCAGUUUGGACACAUUCAAAGGCCGACACAUCGCAAUACUUCUUGGGAUUGGGCUAGAUAUGAGGUUUGGGCUCACAAAUGGAUGGAUCUGUCUGAACAUGGCUUUGGUGUGGCAGUCUUAAAUGACUGUAAAUAUGGUUGCUCUGUGCUUAAAAAUAUUUUAAGCCUCUCACUACUCAGAGCUCCGAAGUCUCCGGAUGCAACUGCAGAUAUUGGGGUACAUGAGUUUUCUUACGCGUUUAUGCCACACUGGGGAACAUUUCAGGAAGCUGGUGUCAUCCAGAGUGCGUAUAGCUUUUGUGCUCCACUACUUACCACAGAGUUAACAGAUGUACAGACUAAGUCAUGGAGUGCCUUCAAUGUGCUUUCACCCGCAAUUGUCCUAGAAACAGUGAAACAGGCAGAGAAUCAGCAAGACUCGCUGGUACUGCGGCUGUAUGAAGCAUAUGGUAGCAGCGUGGAGACUUGGUUACAGACACCCCUCCCAGUUAAGGAAGUUUUUCUCUGUGAUCUUCUGGAACGGCCAUCUUCUGGAAAGGCACUCAGAUUGGAGGAACAAGGCGUGAAACUUUACUUUUCUCCUUUUAAAGUGCUGACACUGCUCCUGGUUCUGCAGAGAUAAUUCAUACAAACAGCAGCAAACUGUAAAUCUAAGUUGGUCCAAAUACUUUAAUUAUUAUAUCAGAUUGUGCAAUGUUUAUCAUAAUUUCCCUGACUACAUAUCAAUCAGACAAUGACUGGCUCAGGGAGCUUACAGGACAGCAUAAAAUAAAUAAACAAAUUUCCCACUGAA